GGUGUAAAUGUUUUUCCUCAUUCUUGAAAGUGGAGCAUUCCCUCAAGACCUACUUGCUCUACCAGAAGGCAUUAAAAAUGUUGGACUCUUUGACAGAAACAAAUAAUCAGAGUUUAUUAAAUGAAAACCCUAUUGAGCUCUGCCCAAUAAAUGAUCAUGGCCAAAUCAGGGCCACAUGCUUCCUACUCAUCUUCGCCCUCAGCAUGGUGGGCAACUGUCUGCUGGUCUAUGCCCUAGUCUGCCUCGAGGACUUGCGGCGUGUGUCCAACAUCUUCUUCCUUUGCCUCGCCUCAUUCGAUAUCCUCGUCACCCUCACACUGCCAUUCUGGGCCGUCGACCACCUACACCACUGGGUGUUCGGCAUCGCCGGCUGCCAGCUCCUGAUCGGGGCUUUCUUUGUCGGCCAACACGGGGGUCUCAUGCUUCUGACCGCCAUGACGCUAGACCGCUUCUGCACUGUGGUGCUGAAGGGACGGCACACGGCCCUAUCACGCCAGAGGCUUCUGUGCGCUCGCAUCGUCUGCACAGCCACGUGGGUCAUCAGCAUUGCCGCAUGCCUCAGAGAGGCCCUCAACUCCAGGACUGUCGAAACUGAAGAUGGAGUGUACUUAUGUGAAUAUGGAGAGGUUGGAGAACUGGAAGAGAGUGUUGGGUACUAUAUGCAGAUUAUUUUUCUCUUUCUACUUCCUUUUGUCAUUAUUGUGUUUUGCUACAGCUGUAUUCUGAGGACUGUAAUGUCCGUCCCAAACAUGAGAGGGAGGCAACCGACGGUUGUGCUAAUGCUUUGUAUCGUCACUGCUUUCUUCACCUGCUGGGGACCAUACAAUCUUGUGCUGUACCUACUCAGUCUUGAUAUCUCAGACUGUGAAACUCAAAAAUACAUAUCCCUUGCACAUCACAUUUGUCAAAUCCUUGCUUAUUCUCACUGCUGUAUCAAUCCGGUGCUUUAUAUGCUCAGACCGAGGUUCAGGACAAUACUCUGCCGACUCGUCUGUUGUUCCGUGCCUGCCAGUCAGCCAAUCAGCCUCUCUCAUAUGAGUCACAAUGCUGUUGGAAUGCAUGACGGACCCAACCCAAGUACAAUGUGUGUCGAGAUGAUGCUGAUGGAGCAAUAGAAGUCAGAAGCAAGACAGACAAUACAAUGAAUCAAAUAUUAAAACCAAUAGUAUUUUCUCUGUUUAGGCUUCUUGUGUUUUUUGGUGUGGUUACUUGCAGUGAUGUAUUUGUUUUGAAUGUACGCUCUAAUGGAGUUGGAGUCACAUCUACAAAAUGGGGUGGACCCUUUCUAUAGACGUUUUUGAACAUUGAGCUUCCAGUCAUCGAACUCAGUGUUCUCUUUAACACAUCAGUGUCAGUCACAAGGAUAUUCUCUUAAAAUACUGCAUAUGCAUUCUAUGGUACGUAAAUGCAUUUACAUAUUUACAUAUUUUAUGCCUAUAUUUUGCCUUUGUGUGUGAAGAUUUGGGCACCUCUGGGUGACAAUUAAAGUUAUAUAUAUAUAUAUAUAUAUAUAUAUAUAUAUCAAUAAUAUGUAAAAACAACA